AUGCCGUCAAAGGCCGCCUUCCUCGCCUUGAGCGCCUUCCUCGCGACCAGCACAGGCAGCGCAGCCGCCGCGCCCUGCCCAUCGCCGCAGUACCUCGUGACCUUUGGCGACUCGUACUCGCAGACGGGCUUCGACGCGUCGCUGGGCAAGCCCACGGCGUCGAACCCGCUCGGCAACCCGGCGCUGCCGGGCUGGACCUCCAGCGGCGGGCUCAACUACGUGGGCCAGCUGGCGGGGAAGACCGUGGGCAGCGGCGGAGCCGCCCCCGUGCUGUCGUACAACUUUGCCGACGGCGGGGCCACGACCGACUCGGCCGUCGUGGCGCCCUACGCGCCCACGGUGCGCAGCUUCGUCGACCAGGUCGCCGUGUUCGAGGCGACGCUGGGCGCGAGGCCGAGGCCCGACGGCUGGGCCGAUUGGAAGGCCGAGGAUACGCUGUUUGGGGUCUGGAUGGGCGUCAACGACGUCGGCGCCUCGCACUGGUGGGCCAACGCGACGGGUGUGGUGGAUGCGGUGACCGUGAGGUAUUUUGACGGCCUGGACGCGCUGUACGAGGCUGGCGCUCGCAACUUUUAUCUCUUGACCGUUCCACCCACUGAGAGAUCACCCCUGAUGAUUUACUACAACUCGUCUGCGACGCUUGUGCCCAUGCUCGAGUACUACAGGACCAGUAUAAGCUCGCAGCUGGCCGUCUGGCAGACCUCGCAUGACGAUGCGGAUGUCCGCAUAGUUGACUCGGUGCCGGCGUUCAACAUCCCGCUCGACGAUCCGACCUCUUAUGGAGCGCCCGAUGCUUCUUGUUACGGUGCCCCUGGGACAGCCGAGGGAGGCAAGUCGUGUUUGUGGUUCAAUGACUACCACCCUGCCAUCGAGAUACACAAGUUGGUUGCAAAGGCAGUGGCGGAUGCAUGGAAGGGCAAGUUCUUUUAG